GCCAUGCAUUCCAUGAAUGUUAUAAAAGGAGCUUUGCUCCUCUUGGUUUGACACACCAACAAGCACACAAAAAGGUACUUCUUCUACUUCUCAAGUUGUUUUCUCUCUCUUUAGAUGUCCAUUUAAUUUGGUGAUAGUGUGAAGGAAGUGGAUUUUCAAAAUGAAAGGAGGAUCAAAGAUGACGAUGAUGGUGCAGAUUGUGGUGGCCACAUGGAUAUGGUGGUCGAGUAUGAAUGCAUUUGGAUGGGCAAGUGAGCUCCCUCUAACAGCAACCUACAGCACUGUGAGGUUCAACACUACAUUCCAAGAUGCGAGUGGGGGGUUUUACCGAAUUUUCAUGCAAUCUCUACGAAGCUAUUUGUCUAGUGGAACCGACAGCUAUGACAUUCCAGUGUUGCGAUCGACAACCGCAGCGGUUGGAAACAACCAAUUUGUGUAUGUGCAGCUUUUCAAUCCAAGUAUCUCCAUCACAUUCGCAGUGUAUGCUCUCAACUCAUACGUGGUGGCCUAUCAAGAAGAUUCAGCAAUGCGUUGCUACUUCUUUAAAGAAGUUCCUGCCAAGUCCCAAUCCUUACUUUUCAAUCAAUGUAAAACAAGGGUUGAUGUUAAUCUCGAAACUAACUAUGUCAAGUUAGGAGGCAGAGAGAAAACCAGGUUGGGAUUCAAGGCAUUAGACAAUUCCCUAGACGUAUUUAAAAAAUUUAAUAGCAAGCAACCUACAGACGAGCUUCGUCAAAAUCUUCUAGUUGUUAUCCAAAUGGUUGCAGAGGCUGCAAGAUUCAAAAAUAUUCAGCAAUAUAUGGAGUGGAACGGCUUUGAUUCCGGAUUUCUCCCAGGAGGUUAUAUUAUUAGCUAUGAGAAUAAAUGGGAAGAUCUUUCCAAAGCAAUCCAGCAAUCUAAAAAUGGAAAAUUUGCUACACCAAUUCAAUUGCUAAAUGAAGACUACACUCCACGCAAUGUGUCCACGGUUGCAGAAGUGCAAAAAGACAUGGGACUCUUGCUGAAUGUAGCCACAAAAAGCUUUGAUGGUGACCAAAGAGCUGCUAUGUAGUUUAAAAACUAAGUGGGUGUUUCCUUUCCCUUUCCCUUUUAAUCAUCAUACGGCUGAUGAUGAUGCUUUUAAUAAUGUUUCCCUUUUCAUCAUCUUCCUUCGUACUAUAUGAUGAUGGUAUUUUGUAUAAUGAUGUUUUGCUAUGAUGAAUAAAAACACCCUACUACGUACUAAUUAA